UACUAAUAUUCGGAUGGUUUCUAUAGCAGUUGCGGAACAGGAAUAUGGGAAUCCAAAAAUAAUUCUCUACACCAAUUACUGCAUCGCAACUUUUUUUUACAGACAUGGUUUCGCAAUUGCAGCGUUUGCCUAAUGCUGUAUCUGCAUGUUCUUGAGCAAAUCGAUAGAUGCCAGCCAAUGCCAUUUUCUUGAACAGCGCCCCCAUUCUGACGAUAGAUGUCUGGACACAGAAAAACAACAAAAGUUUGUUUUAACUUCAUUAUAUUGAAAUGAAUCUAGCAGAUGGCACAGAGGAGGUGGAUGAAAAGUUUCUUAAAAUCAUCAUCAUUGGGGACAGCCUUGUCGGGAAGAGCUCUUUCGUUGAAAGUUUUAUUAACAGCAAGUUCAGACGCACCAAAACUGGUGUUGAUUUUGCUUUCAAGAUUGUAAAAUUUCAGGAUCAAGUAGUAAAGUUACAGCUAUGGGACAUAAACGGUCAGCUAGAGAAAUGCAGCUCCAUCAGAAGACUUUACUACAGAGAUGCUUCAGCAUGCGUCAUAAUAUUUGAUGUGACGCAACGUAAAACAUUCGACAGCGUCGUUGAUUGGCGGAAGAAUGUGACGAUGUUAUCCAACGUGAGAUCCAUACCAUGCCUACUACUUGCCAACAAGAUCGAUCUUCCAUCACCAAUUGUAAAUGAUGAGGAAAUUGAGGAACUAUGCAAACAAAACAAUUUCAUCGGAUGGUGCAAGGUAUCUGUUCCAGACAGGACCAACAUAGAUAAAACUAUGCAAUUCUUGGUGGAGAAAACUUUGAUAUCAAACGGAUGAAACCCGGCUGGAGCUUCCUACAGCGGAUGAAUAUACGGAAAACAUACUUUCACGAAUCUAGCACAUGAACACAAUAUCCAAAUUUGGCAUGAAUAGUGUUCAGUGAAAUAUGGCGUAUUUGGCAUAAUUUAUUGUUUAAACGCCAUUUUUUAAAAGAAAAUAAGGUCAAGUAUUCUAAUUCAUUUGAUUCCGUUCAAUUCUUGUUUUGUCCUCGUUUCAUAUGUCUGUGUGCUUAAUCCAUACUGAAUGACGUAAAGUAAUAAUGAUGAUAAUAUGCAACAUUACACAGAGCUUAAUUCAUUGUUUCUAAGCGUUGCAAACGAUCCCCCAGUUCAGGGGCGGAUCCAGGAUUUUUCGGGGGGCACAUUUUUCCGAGGAAAAUUUUGACUUGACGAAAAAAAUUGACAAGCAAAAAAAAGUCGUCACUUUCAGAGGGGGGGCACACUUCUGUUUUAAAGCCAUUUUUACAUUACAAAUUUUAAAUGUGCCUCUCAAAGAGGGGGGGCACGGGCCGGGUGUGCCCCCCCCCCUGGAUCCGCCAGUGCCCCAGUUAUAUAACACAGUCAUCUUAUCUGGCAUUUCCUUUCUACGGGUAUUCAUUUACAACACCAGCAUGACCAGGGUGGAAAGUAGAGAGCAAAUGCAGAUUACCACCUUGCCAAAGGAUGCGAGAACUGCAGUAGAAUUUGAAUCCAAGACCCUGUGGUUCAAAGUCCGGAAACUUAUCCACUGAACCACAACGAUGUAAUUGAAUAUCAGAGUUUAUUAUUGAGACAUUCGUAUAUAUGUACCACGUGUGCUAGAUACCCCCCCCCCCCCGAAAAAAAAAAAAAAAAAUACCGGACAAGGACAAGUCCAUCCCAAGAAAAAGUUUAUUUGAAUAAAAAGAGAAAAUCCAGCAAGCUUAACACUGAAAAUUUCAUCAAAAUCGGAUGUGUGUGUGUGUGUGUGUGUAUUUGAGUUUUGUCAGACGUGUAUCAAUCAGAUAUGAUUAUUUACGUCUGGGACCGACCUUUAACGUCACCGUCCGAAAGACGUGACCAGGGCUCGAACCUCGAACCUCUGCAUCAAUUUGUAACUUCCCCACAGCUUGGAUUACAGGCGCACGCCACAACCCCAGAUGUGAAAUAAGAAAGUUAUGACAUAUUAAAGUUUCGCUUAAUCACGUAAUAGUUAAAUGCACAUCCUGGUCGGUAUGCAAAUGAGGAGACUGAUGGCAUCAUCCACUCACUAUUUCUUUUGUAUUUUAUUAUAUGAAAUAUGAAAUAUUCUAACAAGUGAAAUAACGAUUAAUUCCUCCCUGAACAUGUGGAAUUAGCGUUUAUCAAUACUAUAUGGUACAGUCAAGUUUGUCCUUAUUGUCAAAUCUGUAU